ACAUGAACAUUAAUCAAACGUAAUAAUUUUUUCUGGGUACAUGAUACCAUACAGCAUCCAUAUCAAACUUGCGCGGGCCGCACUAACGUUAAACUUUCAUAUCAAGGCGGGGGCCUCAAACUAGUGUCCUGCGGGCCACAUUUGGCCCGCGGGCCGCGUGUUUGAGACCCCUGUUUCAAGCUUUUUCAACUAAAAAAAAUAACAUUUUCAAGUAAUCAUUUAAAUCCCCACAAGCCUUUAAAUCUAAAAUCCGACUAAAAUGAAUCAAAAAUUUCUUUAAUUUCCUCAUGCAUCCUUCAAGUUCUGUCUUCCCACCGUCAAUAGCCAAGGAGACCUCCAAUCAAAACAGAUCUGCAUGAUCCAACUGCUUCCCCCAAGUCAGUCUGAUGAAGUGAUUCAAUUGAAACCUGGUAAACAGAUUUUAAUGUGAGAAUCCAAUCAGAAAAUAUGAUCCACCUACAAAGCCGGCAAUAAAAGUACAGAUUCUUUUGGGUGUAGUAAAUUCUCUUAAACCUCUGCAUAUGCCUUAGGGCCCUUUUUAUAGGCAGGCUUGUGAUCAAUAACUGCCAUAUUCUAACUACUUCUAUUUCUUUGACUCUUCUAAAGUGCUCUUUCGGGACAAAUGGUGUACGGGUAGACAUUUCCCAUAAGAUACAAGCCAAAUUCAUUCCAAAAUCCACCCAUUACUACCCGUUAUAUCGCAGUUGGUCUUUUUUCAAGGAUCCUCAUCUUUUUGAUAGUUUAGGAUCAAUGCAGUUUGCUUGAUAACCGACCGACAAGAGCCAUUGUGACUGCUUACUAAUGGCCCCCUUAAACGCUGUCGUCAGUUGUUAAUGGGAAACAACACAGGGACUAAUGACAAACUGCCAUGCCUCUUUUAAUUCGGCUAAAUUUGAGCAAACGAGGUGAAUAGAUGAGGCUUUUAAGUCCCUACAAAAGUGUACUAUUAACCUGCUAUGCAAUAGUGAUACUACAAGAGUGAUAGCAGGCUUUAAAAAUAAUAUUAUUCACACCUCGGGUACAGCUUUGUGUUUGCUUAGACGGGUUAUGUAUGCUUUUAUGCACAAUAUUUACCUUCUACAUGUAAUGCUGCUUUACAUUAGGCCUCGAGGCCUGCAGCCUUGACUCUUCAAGUGUCUUUGCAAGCCCUCCAGGGUGAGCUUUGGCUUAUUUUAAUGUAAAUAUACAGGUUGCACUUGUGGUUUGUAUAGUUGCAUCACAAUGGAAGACCUUGUCGACCCACGCAGACAAUGAGUUGAGUAUGAUUGAACCAUUAUGUGGAGCUGUACUGACAUCUAGCGGUGGGAAAGUGUACUGUUUUUGUUCAACCUCUGCACUGUGUUGGUUAUACUGUAAUACUGUAUAUUAAUGUAGACAAAAAUAUAAAAUAAAUAAUUAUUAUUAUAUAAUCUAUCAUAAAUACAUUAUCUAAUAUAGGUGUCUGUUAAAUUGUAAAAAAAAGAAACUGCGGCCCACAAUAUGUAAUAUGUAACCCAAUGUAAUGUCUUUCACCAGCACUUCCGCUUCCGGAUCGCACGAGGGCUAUAACUGUUAGAAACGUGUUGUUGUCGAUUGUUGAGUGGAGCGUAAUAAAGUUGGUUUCAAAUUUAUAUGAAAAACGUCCAUCACCUAUUGAAACCCGGAAGGCUGCGUUGUUUUAUUAGCGUGUCUUUAUUUUGAAGGCAGAACUUCAACCGGAUAUAGAAAGUAUCGCUCCGAGUGUUGCCGAGGAGACCCGAAAGCGGAAAUUGUUUCUGAAGUUGUCAAUCAGACGAGAUGUGAAAUACGCCUUGGGGUCAGUUUGAAUCCACAUUUUACAAGAUACGACAAAGCGGAUGUGACGCACUGUACGUGACGUGAGGCACUUCCGGUCCGGUUGACUGAGGAGACAGGCGUUGUUUCCAGCCAAGCAUCCAAGUCAGCCACAAUGGGCGAUGUCUCGCUACAUUUGACAAACGUUUCCGUGACGCAGUGUUCUCCACCUCCAAGCCCAAAACCAAGCAGGGACAAUGAGAGCAUGAAGCUGGGUGAUAAACAGAGAGAAAAGACCCCACGGAGGAUCAUCCAUUUCUCCAGUGGGGAGACCAUGGAGGAGUACAGCACUGAUGAAGAGGAUGAGGAAGGCAAGGACCCAGAAAGAAAAGACCUGCUCUCCUCCCCGGUUGGUGCCGUGAGGUCAAAGAUGACUUGGGGUCCUUAUUUCUGGUUCUACAUGUGGAGAGCUGCAACAUCAACUAUCUCAGCCUGUGACUACCUCGGGGAGAGAAUGGCCUCCUUUUUUGGGAUAACAUCAGCCAAAUAUCAGUACGCCAUCGAUGAAUAUUACAGGAUAAAGAAACAGAGGGAGGAGGAGAACGAGGAAACCCGCCUGUCAGAAGAAGCGGAACACACCUUCGACGAGUCACAUGUUCAGGAAGCAGACGAGUCAAUCACCGACACGGAAACUUCUGUAUCUCCGCCCGGUGUGGCCUACCAGAUCCAAAAUGAACAUCAGGAUCCGAUGCCGCUGUAGCUGCUAACUCGACCGGUUUGACUGUCUGCGGCGGGAGAAGCGCGAGACACGAGGAGGAGGGAGGGGGGGAAUUUGAAAGGAAGAGCGGAGGGAGGCAGUCAAGCAGCUCAUUGUCCCGAGCUGAGGAUCCAGUCAAACAAAGCCAAGCAGUGAGAGAGGAAUUCCCCCAAGUAAGUUCAAACGUUUGCAGAUGUGCGCCUGGCCAACCGCUACUGUACACAUCUGGUGAAAGCAUCCCUAAGAUUACCCCCCCCCCUCCUCAAUUCCAUCAACCCUGCCCUCUGCUCUACCCCUGGAAAAGCCAUUUAGCAACACACAUGGCGACCCGCUGCACGCGACCCAGUCAGGCAGCCUGUCAAUCAGUCAGUCCGCUGCAGUGCGAAUCAUCGGAAGCCUGAAAAGGACAUUAUCUUGGCAGCAGGAGGAGACAUUUGUGCUGAGGGAAAGUUUGGGGGAUUUUUUUUUUUUUUUACUUGCCGUUUCCAAGUAACUGUGCUACUGGAGGUCAGCAGUAGUCAAACACCCCAGAAAAAAAAGUGGGAUUCGUACAUUCUUCAACAUGUUGUUGUUUUCCACCAAAGCACAAAGCCCCAUUGAAGAGGCUGACACAUAGAUGUUGGAAAACACUAAAUUCUUUCCAUUUUGGGGUACAAUUGGAAACUCAAUUCUAGGAUAGGAUUAUGUUAGGAAGCCGUCACUCCAAAGUCUUCAUUUGGUUUUGGUGGACUUCCUGGUGUAUUUUGUAUCAUUCUGAUGUUGUAGAAAUGGUUUCAUUUAUCACAGCAAGUCUUCCAGGUAAUUUUAGCAGCAAAACAACCCCAGACCAUCACACUACCACCGCCAUAUUUUACUGUUGCUAUGAUGUUGUGGGAUAUUUUUGGUAGACAGCAGAAUUCAUGGUUCCAUUUAUCACAGCAAGUCUUCCAGGUCAUUUUAGCAGCAAAACAACCCCAGACCAUCACACUACCACCACCAUAUUUUACUUUCCAUAUUUUACUCUUUCUAUUUUGGGCUACAAUUGGAAACUCAAUUCUAGGAAAGGAUUAUGUUAGGAAGCCGUCACUCCAAAGUCUUCAUUUGGUUUUGGUGGACUUCCUGGUGUAUUUUGUAUCAUUCUGAUGGUGUAGAAAUGGAUCCAUUGAUCACAGCAAGUCGUCCAGGUCAUUUUAGCAGCAAAACAACCCCAGACCAUCACACUACCACCACCAUAUUUUACUUUCCAUAUUUUACUCUUUCUAUUUUGGGGUACAAUUGGAAACACAAUUCUAAGGGAUUCAUUCUAGCGUCUAUCCGGAGCACUAUGAUUAUGUUAGGAAGCAGUCACUCCAAAAGCAGCAAAACAACUCUAGACCAUCACACUACCACCACCAUAUUUUACUGUUAGUAUGAUGUUAUUUUUUUCUGAAAUGUAGCAUUAUAUUUACAUCAGAUGUAAUGGGAGUUCAACUUUGGAAAACACUAAACUCUUUCCAUUUUGGGGUACAAUUGGAAACACAAUUCUUAAGGAUUCAUUCUAGCGUCGAUCCAGGAUAAGAUUGUGUUAGGAAGCCGUCACUCCAAAGUCUUCAUUUGGUUUUGGUGGACUUCCUGGUGUAUUUUGUAUCAUUGUGAUGUUGUAGAAAUGGUUCCAUUUAUCACAGCAAGUCUUCCAGGUCAUUUUAGCAGCAAAACAACCCCAGACCAUCACACUACCACCACCAUAUUUUACUCUUAGUCGAUCCAGGAUAAGAUUGUGUUAGGAAGCCGUCGCUCCCAAGUCUUCAUUUGGUUUUGGUGGACUUCCUGGUGUAUUUUUUAUCAUUGUUGUGCUGUAGAAAUGGGUAAGUCUUCCAGGUCCCUUUAGCAGCAAAACAACCCCAGACCACCACACUACCACCACUAAAUUUUACUGUUGGUAUGAUGUUCUUUUUUUCUGAAAUGUGGCGUUAUUUUUACAUCAGAUGUAAUGGGAGUUCAACUUUUGAGCAUUUUGGGGAUCAUUAAGAUUUUUUCUGGCAAAACUGAGAUGAGAAUUCAUGGUGGUUUUCGUCUUGGAACUCGACCAUGCAACCACUUUUUGCCCAGUGUCUUUCUUAUGGUCAUGAACACUGCCCUUAACAAGUGAGGCCUGCAGUGCUUUGGAUGUUGUGGGGUCUUUUGUGACCUCUUGGUUGGAUUCAAGGUUCAUCAUUUAUCAGAGCAAGUCUUCCAGGUCUUUUUAGCAGCAAAACAACCCCAGACCAUCACACUACCACCACCAUAUUAUACUGUUAGUAUGAUAUUAUUUUUUUCUGAAAUGUGGCGUUAUUUUUACAUCAGAUGUAAUGGGAGUUCAACUUUUGAGUAUUUUGGGGAUUAUUAAGAUUUUUCUCGCAAAACUGAGAUGAGCAUUCAUGGUGGUUUUUGCCCAGUGUCCUUUUUAUGGUCAUGAACACUGACCUUAACAAGUGAGGCCUGCAGUUCUUUGGAUGUUGUGGGGUCUUUUGUGACCUCUUGGAUGGAUGGAUGGAUGGAUGGAAGGUUCACCACCAUUCCAUGUUUUUGCCAUUUUUGCAUAAUGGCUCUCACUGUGGUUUGUUGGAGUCCUAAAGCUUUAUCUACCUUUUAAGUGUGAUAAACAUGCAAACAUUCACACUAUACAGUAUGCAGUGUAUUUUGUUAUUGCAGUGUUCGACUCCGUACCAGCUCUCAAUGCAUUCUUUUUUUGUGUUCCCACACACUCAAACCAGUAAAUCAGAUCCGACUUUUAAAUCCACCGAGUUGAACGUAACUAGCUGAAAACGAUGUAAUCAUACGGGUGUUGUUGUCACCUCAAAGCCGCCAUGUUCACCUUUUUUUUUUUCCAAAAUAAGACACCCAUGUGGGUCGGUCGGACUUGUUUGUAGUCACUCGAGCGCUGCUGCACGCAGGCCCGAAGCGUACAACUGUGCACACACACACACACACACACAUUUACAAUAGCGGGAAAUUCCCAACAAAAAUUCCAGCCGAGCAGCAUGAGGACAUUCUUGUGUUUUUGAAAAAGUCUCGCAGCUGAAAUGAAAGUCACUUAUACUACCGUGGAGUCCUGAGUACCCUCCAGCUAGCAAUAAAUAUCCCCUGACUGGGGAUGUUGGAGGGAAGAUUAAGUUUCCUGACAGCACUUUGGAAGUACGGGAAGCCUGAUAGAAGAGGCAGAAGUGACAAAAGGGAAUUUAGGCGCUUAAAUAAAGUGAAGUAUUGGCUAUUAACUGCUUUUAAAUCUCCAAAAAAAAGAAAAAGUAUAUCAAGUGAAUUUUUGGGAAGUGUUGUCACUCCAAAUUCCCCCCCAUCAUUCCCUGCGAUGACUUCACCGCUCAAGUCGUUUUUUUAUUUAUAAUCCUUUUUGACAUUGACAUAACAAAACAUGAUCCAUGAGAACAUUAUUUCCAUCCGCGGACAGUGCGGACAUGCAAUUAAUGAAUGCAAAAGUGUUUAGAGAGGGGGGAUUUUUAUAGGCGUACAGUAGUGCGUGCAGCAUGAGUCAUGCUGUUUGGUUGGAUCCUUCAGUCUCCAUCGUGGACCACAAGCAUGUCUAUAACUGUAGUCUUCAUCCAUGCUUGCCCUGUAUUUAGUCAUACAGUGGUAUCAUUGUUCCUUUUAAUGUAUCGGCUGGAUGCGUUGCUUUGCUUAUUUAUUACUCGCGGCAUGUGGUCCGGUUGUGAUUUGUUGCAGUUGGCAUCACUGCAGUGGUUACGCUCAUCCAAGGCCAUGAGAUUACUGGUUUCGCUGGUCUCACCGGGAAAUAGCGGUUCCCAUAAUUAUGCUGUAGGAUAAGGUUUGGAACCCCCAAGUUCCCUUUUAGAGGAGCUGUCUGUUAAGAGAGUGGGGGCUGGCGUUAAACAUUAAGAUGAUGACUUUCGUACGGAAAGUCACGGAGUUGCCAUUUGUUUGGGUUCCUCUUAUUCUGAUUGAAAAAAUAGUUAUCCUCUCAUUUGUGUGGAAGUGGUAAGUUAUGGCUUCUUAAGUUUGAAAGAAAAAAAACAAAGCUAAAUAGUUAGCUUGAUUGGAGUACCUGCAGCAUAAUAUUUGAGCAAUGUAUUACGAACAAUGAAUAAUAGGAGUCUAAAAGUGACCAUAUUUCAUGUCUCUAUUUUCUAUGAAAAUAUUGCUUUUAUUAACAUUGAACAUUCCGACAUCAUGGAAAUUCAUUGAUUGCAGUAGGUAGGGUUUGGGACCAAGUAACCAAUUGUGACUUCCGUAUCGCAGAGUUGCCAUUUGUUUGGGUUCCUCUUAUUCUCAUUGAAAAAACAGUUAUGCUCUCAUUCGUGUGGAAGUGGUAAAUUAUGGCUUCUUAAGUUUAAAAGAAAAAAAACAAAGCUAAAUAGUUAGCUCGAUUGAAGUCCCUGCAGCAUAAGAUUUGAACAAUGGUAUUCUAACUUGAGGCCAGUAAUCAGUAAUAAAUAAAUAUAAUAAUAAUAAAACGGCAAAUAAUAAAAACUUAAGAAACCACAUAUAGUUGGUGGGUAGACAAAUUAUUUUUUUCAGAUUAAAAUUAACAAAGCAUUAUUAGAGCCCUGUAGAAAUGACAAAACACGACUAUAGUCACAUUUAUACUCUUUUUAUUUACAACAUAUUGCGCAACUGCAGGGUCUUGAGACACAUGCUAACUCGCAAACUAGAGCGCUAGCGACCUAAACGGUAGCCUCCAAGUUAUUACCUUUAAACUCAAAAAAGCCAAAAACUUACCACUUCCACACGGAUAGGGAGGAUAACUAUUAACAGUUAUUUGACCUUUAACAUGAACAUUAAUCAAACGUAAUAAUUUUUUCUGGGUACAUGAUACCAUACAGCAUCCAUAUCAAACUUCUGCGGGCCGCACUAACAUUAAACUUUCAUAUCAAGGCGGGGGCCUCAAACUAGUGUCCUGCGGGCCACAUUUGGCCCGCGGCCCGCGUGUUUGAGACCCCUGCUAUACACGGACAAGAAGUGCGUCUAUUUUUAAUCAGGAGGGAAUGUUUAUGUCAAAUUUAGCAUUAGCAGUCAAAAUGUUCACUCUCAUCCCCCCACAACACCUCCAUUUACCUCGGGUUCCCAUGGCAACGCAUCCUCAGCAAGCAAACAUACAUAACUUAUGAACAUAUCAUUUCUAAUGGUUGGGUAAUUAGUGAAACAGACAUGACAGAAGAAAGUCCCCGUGCAGCUGAAGAAGGAACGAGUCACAGCAUUCCGCGGAAGUGCGCAAUCAUCAUGACUGUCGCUACUGGAAUGUUUCCUGCACAUGACUUUGACCCCGCUUUAGUACCACACCGACUGCCAAGGUGCAAUUUGCUACAUUUUUUUUCCCCAAGAAAUAAAAAUAUCUGAACAUGUUCAAGGCAUGAAGACUUGGACCCGUCACAUGGACCGCGAUAUAAGUCUUGCCAGUGGCCGUAAUUCAGUCACUGGAUGAAGUGGAGUAUUUAACAGCCUGCACGGUGGAACAGUGGUUUGCAUGGGUGACUUCUCCAUCAGUGUCUUCAGAUGGCGGCUGAAAUGAAAUGAUUAAAAUAAUAUAUAUUUUUGGUCAUUAUAGUGCAUUAUGCUACAAAACAAAAAUGAAUGCAUGUUUUAGAAACAUUUAAUUUAAAAAAUUGUACCAAAAAAAUAAAUGUACAACAAAAAAAUCUGCAAAUUUUCUGUUUUUUGGUUAAGAUAAUUUGUGUUCAUUUGUGUUCUUCGUGUAUUUGUGUCACAAAAAGUUGCACAAAGGAAACCAGUGAACUUAUUUUUAAAAUAUAUGGAUAUACAUUUUUUCCCCCCAGUUUCACUUCCUUGUGAGAAGCAAAUGCUUCUCUCAAUGUCACAUGACAGUUACUCUGGUGGAAAUGCAGAUAAAUAAAGAUAUGUCCUCCAAAAACAUGAUACAUUUAGUUA